AUUCGGGAGAACAGUUAGACUUUUACUCUUGUUAUAGUUAGUUCUAGGCAGGAUAGACCGGUUCCUGCCAAAACGGUGUUUUCCAUGUAUUCAGGAUCCAAAAAUAUUUGCUCUGCCACUAAUUGGAUUAACACACUCUGGUAAAGGGAAAACCAGGCUCAGGGAUUAACGGGAACUGAAAUUGCCGACCAUUAAACAUAUCGUAUUUCAAAGUUGUGUCUCGGUAGUAAAAGAUCGCAGUGAUUGCAUCAGUCGAAAAGGACGGAAAAAUUGUGCAAGAUAGUUAAGAAAAAGGUCCGCAAGAUGGUGAAUGAAUACGCCGGCCCUCCAGCACAGGAGUUGGAAACAUUCCUACCAAAAGAUGCCAAAAAUGGCACAUCAAAAUACAAGAUCACCCCGGCUAAAACUGAUCUGGAAACAGCACAAGUGGCUUUCGAUCCUUUCAAGGAAAGAGACUGCGAACAUCCAACCACUGAUGGCGAAACUUUGACCCAUCUUUUGAAGGCUUCGCUGGGAACCGGGAUCCUGGCUAUGCCGAUUGCAUUCAGUUAUGCAGGUUUAGCUGGUGGAAUCAUUGCAACAAUUUUGACAGCACUUAUUUGCACUCACUGUGCAUAUGUUCUGGUUAAAUGUGCUCACACUUUAUAUGUACGAACAAAAUCAACCGCCAUGACCUUUGCAGAGGUCGCUACAGUCGCUCUGGACAAUGGACCGAAAUGGGGUCGAGGAUGGGGAAAAUUCAUCAGCAAUUGCAUCACUUACGGUUUAUUCGUUACAUAUUUUGGAACUUGUGCCGUGUACACGGUCAUUAUAGCCACUAAUUUCCAGCAAGUCUUGGAACAUUACACAGGAUCUGCUAUUAAUCUUCGACUGAUGAUCGCCUUGUUAUUGGUACCUCUCAUUUUACUGUCCUGGAUUCCUAACUUGAAGUAUUUAGCCCCCGUUUCGAUGGUGGCAAAUGUGUUUAUGUGCGUUGGCUUAGGCAUUACCUUCUACUAUCUCGUCACGGAUAUGCCCGCAUUAUCGGAACGACCGCUGUUUGUUUCGCUAACCAAUUGGCCUUCAUUUUUUGCGAUCGUGAUAUUUGCUAUGGAAGCUAUUGGUGUCGUCAUGCCGUUGGAAAAUCAAAUGAAAACCCCUCAAAAUUUCAUCGGAAUCUGUGGCGUCCUGAAUCAAGGCAUGGGUGGUGUAACCUUGAUCUAUAUUCUGUUGGGUUUCCUCGGCUACAUUCGAUACGGAGAUGAGGCUCUUGGAAGCAUUACGCUCAAUCUUCCAGUUGAGGAAAUACCAGCACAAGCUGUGAAAAUUUUGAUCGCGCUUGCUGUUUACUGUACAUUCGGACUGCAAUUCUACGUUUGUUUGGACAUUGCAUGGAUCGGAAUCCGGGACAAGUUCAAGAAACGACCAACCCUUGUAAACUACACUAUGCGAACCAUUUUGGUAACUGCCGCUGUGUUGCUAGCUGUAGCUGUGCCAACUAUUGGACCGUUUAUUGGCCUCAUCGGAGCGUUCUGUUUCUCCAUCUUAGGAUUGCUAAUCCCCAUUGUCAUUGAGCUGGCCACCUACUGGGAGCAGGGAUUCGGAAAAUUCAACUGGAUUAUAUGGAAAAAUGUUUUUGUGUGCUUCUUCGGUAUUGUAGCCUUGGUGUUUGGAUCGAAAAGUUCUAUUGAAGACAUUAUUAAAUUGUAUACAGAAUAGACUGGAAACAGCAUUUUCAUUCGAAACAUUCAAGAUUUCAUAAUAAUUAUGCAUACUUAUGAUAGGAUUGUGGGUGCCGAGCACAAAUACGUCCAAAAAUAUUUGUAUUGCAUUACUAAAUUUAGUUGAUCGCUUACAUUUUGGUGAUAACUUUCAUUCUCAGUUUUUGACAAAUGCUUGGUCGAAUAAAAACGAACCUUUUUUCGAAGUACAUCAACAUUAUACCACUUGUGCAUUACUAAUCAAAGUGAUAGCAAACAAAACAAGUGCCUAAUUUCUUUCAACUGUAGCGAUUUUAUAAAAGUAGUGAGAAAAUAAGCAAAUCUUAUGGAAGUAUAUGAUCAAGUAGCGCUUUUUUUUCAAGUACCAAACUACUUACUAGCAAUUGAAAGAUAUAUGUUACACAAAUCGUACUGUGGAAAAACGUGAUUUGUACAAGAAAACCUCAUUGAUAUUCGCUUAUCAGGGUUAGAAGUGCUUUCAAGAUCUUGUCCCAGGUCGUGGGAAAAUGAUAAGAAUUGCUAUAAAUUUCACACCUUAUAACAGAUAUGAAAAUGAACAUAUAAGAGUAAAAUACUUUACUCGAAAGGCAUCGUAUACAUUAAGGCUAUUUUUCUAAUGUUUUACUAGUAACAAUAGUAAUUUAAUAAUUCGAAUAACAAAGCGAGUGAAACUGAAAAAAAUAAAAGCUUCAGAAAGUAAACUCCA